AUGCCCGUGACUUCGGCUGCCAAACUCGCCUCUCACAUAUGGAGGGGCGCUGCCCAGUCAGCGGCCAAUGCCGCCCAUAACUCGGCUAACACCUUUCGUGGUGCCUUCCAGGGGGCUUCGUCCGGAUCCACCUCUUCCACCGGCUCAUCUGCUUCUGGAUGGGCGUCGGGCGGUCUCAGCAGCGGCGGCUCUUCUGCCGGUGCUGGCGCUGGUGGCGCCAAGUUCCACGCAGGACGCGGCGCUCACUUUUCCUACCAGCACACCGGUCGUGCCCUCUCCCAGGCUUCCACCACUUCCAACUCGGACGCGAACAACAAGAAUACCGACGACGAUGACGAGGCUCGCAGGCAGAAGGCGUACAAGCUACGUCUCGAUGGUCAGCACAACUACGACCGCUCCAUGCUCUCCUCGUCGCAUGGCCACCUCACCAACUCGCACAUGCAGGUGCGUUUCCGCCACGCCUUUGCCGCCAAGCAGGGCCCGCUUCUCGUGACGUCUAGCAGCCACGCCGACACCACCGAUGUCGCUUCGACUCAAGGUGAACGCCGUGCAUCCACUUCAGCUGACGCCACCAUCACCGAAGCAUUCUCGAAUGCUUCCACCAACUCCACCGCACACGACCUCGUCUACCGAGAUCUCCUCCAUGCAUCCAAGAGGAGGGAUGCCCACCAGGUGCGUCUCAGCGUCGAUGCGUUCAAUGCCCUCCCCAAGGACCAAAAGACCACGGCCGGCUUCAACAUGGUCAUGGAAUCGCUUCUCUCCGUGCGUCGCUCUGGCCAGCCCGUUCGCGAGAUCACCGACACCUACAAUGACAUGAUCCAGACCGGCCUUGCUCCCAACAGCCGCACCUACACUGUCCUUGUCAAAGCGCUCUGUGCGCGCGACGUUGAAACUGGUCCCGCUUCUGCUUCCGCUUCGACUCCCUCGGACGCUGCAACUGCUCUCGGCGACCUGGUGACGGACGAUGCUGUCGCUCCUACCGAUACUGCCGCUGCUUCCGCCACAACCGAAGACCACUUUGGGCAGGCUCUCAAGCUCAUGAGUGUCGCCCACAGCAGUCGCAACUGGUUCGACGACGAAAAGGCUUACAACGCCGUUCUCUCUAGCUGUGCUCUCCGCGGCGAUGUUGACCGCGCUCUCAGCGUGCUCGACCUUCUCGAGCGUAGCAGGUUUGCCAACACCGACGCCCAUACCUUCAUGCACCUCAUCCGAACUUUUGUCACCGAUCCCCAGCUCAAACCUCAAGAGACGCAACACAUGCAACAGUCCCGCAAGUUAGCCGCAUGCAAGCAGGUGUUUGACGAGUUCCUGCUCGCCAGUCAGCAAGCCGGAUGGAGGCACGACCUCAACCGCAUCGUAUGGUGUUCGCUCAUCGAUGCUCACUUUGCGCUCAACGACGCUGCCGGUGCUAUCAAGCUGUUCGAAAAGCUGCUACAAGGCGGUGACAGUGUCCCCGCGCUCGACGACACCAUCGUCUCGGCCAUCAUCCGGGGCUUCCUCGACAUGCGAGACACCGACACGGCCCUGCACUGGUUCGCAAAGGUCACUUCAAUUCCAUCCGAGAAUGCUGCUGCAGAUGCCUCGUCACCGCCGUCGCUCUCAUCGCAGCCCAUGCCCACGCCUCAAACAAUCGAAUACCUCCUCUCUCAAUUGGCACACUCCGGCGACCAGCACCUCGAUUCGCUCCAGCGCGUCUUCCAUGUCUAUCUCGAGAAUUGCGUAAAGCGUCAAGUGCCAGCUCAGAUUUCGGCCUUUACCCAUGUCGUCUCUGCCAACGUCGCCAGCGCUCAGCGCCUGACGCAGGCUGGCUCGGAUCAAGACGCCAACACCUCCAUCGACCGUGCCCUUGACGCUACUGCUGCCUUCUUUUCACAAGAGGCUGGGCUGCUCCGUCGCUUCAAGGAGCCCACAAAGAUUCACAACACCAUUCACAUCAUUUUCCAGCUAAGCGAAGUCCUGCUCGCUGCCAACCGUAUCGUCGACGCCGGAUCCACUCUGACCUACGCACGUCUCUUCCUGGACAAGCUCGACGUAACCGCACAGCCUCACCAAGAACUCGGCGCACAGCUCUCGCAACUGACCAACCGAAUCCUGACCGCCGCUGACCCUGCGGAAGAUGCCAAGCUCGCCUCCAUCCGACUAUUUGUCAGUGCCGAAUAUGUGGCUCCCGUCCUGCGCCAAGCCGAUCUGCUUGACGAGCAAGUCGCUGCGUCGCUGGCCAGCCUGUACCGCAGCGUGCACAAGCAGUCAGCAGAGGCUGUCGUCAACCUUCCGCUCUCUGCCGACGCUUGGACCCUGAUUUUGGAAGCCUUCUGCUUCGAGGAGCUCAACGUCCGACCGCUCAACCUCGAUGCCUUCGAGGCCGAUGGUGUUCCCAUUGUUCUGCACGAUCUCGCCAAGCUGCCUGCCAUCGACGCUACUGAAAGCGCGGAGGGCGAGAUCAGCGUGGAUCGCUCAUCUAUCGACACGAGCAAGGCAGUCGAGGUCACUAUCACUCGAUACGGACAAGAGGCACUCUCGUUGCUUCCUGAAUGGGCUACUCAAGCCGCCGCCUUUUCUGCCGAGGCGCAAGACUCGGCUGCUGUGCGAGACGACGUCAGCAGCGACGCUAGCACGACUGCUCAACUCAGUGUAUCGACCUCUGCCACCACCCCGCCUCAACAGCACUCGCCUCUUCACCGUCAGGAUCUUCCUGCACCGGCCCUCUCUGCUUUUUCUACUGGAACCGACGCAUCUGCCUUUUCUUUCCCACCCGUUCAGGUGAUUGACACCGACUUUGGCCACGAGCUGCUCUCCUUCGCGCGUCCCUCUGGACAGAAUGAAGCUCCGCGUUUGUACACCAAGGUGCUCGAGCAGACCAAGGUAGGCAACUAUGCCCAUCCCGAAGGUCUUGCUUUCUUGAUUGGCGCCUUUGGCCGUCUUGGUAACGUCGAGCGCGUCGAAGAGGUCUACGCUAUGGCCCAGCACGUCCUGCACGCAUUGGUGGGAGAUCCGUCCUGGCAGUCCAAUGCAUGGUUCGCCGUCGAAGACAGCAUGAUCCAGGCGCUAAGCCACGCUGGCCGAUCCGACGCAGCCACGGUUCACCGCCAUCGCAUCAUCGCUGCUGGCGGCACGCCGUCUCCCACUUCGUACGCUGCGCUCAUCGCCACCAUCCGCGACACGACUGACGACGCCUCGAUCGCCCAGGAGCUCUUUGACGAAUCGCAGCGUUUCAGUGUGCGUCCCACCGCCUAUCUCUUCAACACGGUCAUCUCCAAGCUCUCCCGUGCACGCAAGGCCGAUCGCGCCCUGCAGCUGUUUGAUGAAAUGACGCUCAACUACCGCAUCAAGCCCACCAGCGUCACGUACGGCGCCGUGAUCAACGCGUGCACGCGUAUCGGCGACGAGCAGCGGGCCGUCCAGCUGUUUGAGCGCAUGGAAAACGAUCCUGCCUUCAAGCCGCGCGUGCCACCUUACAACACCAUGAUGCAGUAUUACAUCCAGAGCGUGCCUGAUCGUCAGAAGGUGCUCGUCUACUACCACAAGAUGCGCGCUGCCGGUGUGCAGCCGAGUGCGCACACGUAUAAAUUGUUGCUGGAUAUGUAUGGCGCCAUCGCACCCGUCGAGCCGCUCGAGAUGGAACGCGUGUUCCAGGAGCUAGCCCACGACCCGUCGGUAGCGGUGCAGAGCACGCACUGGGCGUCACUGAUCAACUGCUACGGUUGCAUGCUCAACGAUCUCGACCGCGCCAUUGCUACGUUUGACUCGAUCGCCUCGCAUCCUUCCUCGCAGAUGCGUAAGGAUGGAGCCAGUUUACCCGAUGCCGUCUCGUUCGAAGCGCUUCUGGCUGUGUUUGUUGCGCAUCAGAGAACGGACCUCAUUCGCGCCCACCUGGAAAGGAUGAAGCAGGCGGGGCUGCUGAUGACGGCAUACGUCGCCAAUCUGCUGAUCCGUGGCUACUCGAUGGAGCAGGGCGAAGCUGGGCUCGACGAGGCUCGUGCUCUGUUUGAGAGCAUGAGCGAGCCCGCGGCUGGUGUGGCUGCGGCUGGCAACCACCCUCCCAGGGCUCAAGGUGCCGGUGCUCCCAGUGGCCCUGCUGAUGCCACUGCCGUGUCGCCGAUGCCCUCUUUUGCCGGUGUUACUGCUGCUGCUGUGUCGCACGAUGCGCACAACCUAUUCGGAUCGGUACAGCGCGAGCCAUCCACCUACGAAGCGAUGAUCCGCGCCGAGUUGAGCCACGGUCACGCUGAUCGCGCUGCUGCUCUGGUCGACCGCAUGGAGGCGCGAGCAUUCCCACCUGCGCUCAUCAUGCGCGCUCGUACGCUCGUCUCUGACGGUAUUGCUCUGGCAUCCGCUACGGGUCCCGAGGCUGAUGCCGAGAUUGCGGAUGCUGGCUCUCUGUCUACCAUGAGCGGGCUUGGAAUUCCACCGAGUCGCUUCACGUUUGGCCAGACGUCUCCGCGGCUGAAACACGCAGGAUUGCACGCGGUGCCCUUCUCAAAUGCUGCUCCGAGUGGUGGCGUGGGGGCAACGUCGGUGCGCCAAGCUUCCACCAUGGCUGGCAGUGGUGCUGCUGCGCCCGCACCGGGGCCACCGAAGCCCAACAGCCCGUUCACCAUCUUUGAUCGAGCUGUCAAGACACUGCAAAAGGACCGAGCUGCUCUGAGACCGUCUGUCUCGGCACAGGACGACAACGGCCACACUUUUGGCGCCGACUCGACUCGAGGCGAGGCGUCGCGCCAAACAGACUAUGUGCGCCGUGCCAUUGCCGAAUCGCUGGCGGACCGAGUGCAGGACAUCAAGCGCGAUUUCCCGACGAUUGUGGAGCUGGGUGCCGGCCCAGGAUUCCUGCGCCACUAUCUGGAUCCUCAAGGAAGCGGCACCAAGAAGAUCAUCAUGUGCGACACGAGCGAGGCGCUUCUGAACCGCGAUCGUCACCUGGACGAGCAGUUCGGGUUCGAGAUUGAGCGACGUGUGGUCGACGAAGAGGUUCUGCCGUUCGAGGAAGGAUCGUUGGACUGCGUGGUGUUCAGCGGUGGGUUGCACUGGACCAACGAUCUUCCUGGCGUGUUGAUUCAGAUCCGACGUGCACUCAAGCCGGACGGCGUCUUUAUCGCAGCGCUGUGCGGUGGCGAUACACUGUUUGAGCUGCGAACGAGCUUGCAACUGGCGGAGCAGGAGCGAGAAGGAGGAAUCUCGCCUCGCAUCUCGCCGAUGGCGGAUACGCGGGAUAUGGCGUCGUUGCUGUCCCGGGCCGGGUUCACGAUUCCGACGGUGGACGUGGACGAAGUGUCGGUGGGAUACCCGAGCAUGUACGAGCUGAUGCACGACCUGCGCGACAUGGGCGAGUCGAAUGCGGUCAUCAACCGUCGAGGCCAGUUGAGGCGCGAUACCAUGCUGGCCGCCGGUGCCAUCUACCAGUCCCUGCACGGACACGAGGAAGGCAGUGGUGAGGGCGAAGGUGUGCCAGCGACGUUCCAGUUGAUCUUUUUGAUCGGGUGGAGCCCAGCCCCUACGCAGCCCAAGCCGCUGAAGAGAGGCAGCGCCAAAUCGAGCCUCAAGGACGUAUUGGCUGGACAAGAGGGCGACGUUCAGCAGCAAAUCAAGAGCGAGAGCGAGAUGGAGAACAAGCAGCGUGAGCAAUGGAUGAAGUCGAUGCAAGAUUCUUCUUGGACUCCUCCGGACAAGAACGACAAAUAA